GGACUCUUACCCCAAUGACCUCACCUUUGACAAUCAGACUCACACAUUCACACCUCACUGAACUAACUCAUUAGGCAACUCAACGCUGUUGUGGUGGUGGCCAAACGGGGUGGCUUCACACCUUGACAUUUGUCACUCUAUUAAUCCUUUCCUCUUCUCUUUGGAGACGGUCAACAACUCCUCAGCUCAAUCUUACACUCAUUGCCACCCCUCCUACAAUGUCCUGUCCACACGUCCAUUCCACAGACCUCAACCCUCCCAAGUCCUCCCAAAGUGUCUACCGAGAAGACUGUACCCAAUGCUUUGACUCGCAGGACGAUGAGGCUGGUAUCGAUGUCUGUCUAAGCUGCUUCAACGGCGGCUGUGCGGGCGAUCGAAACCAUUCCCUCUUCCACCACACAACAUCCUCCCAUCCCCUCGUACUCAACAUCAAACGAACCCGAAAACAAGUUCAAAGAGACGAACCUCCUCCGAAGCUCACAAAAUUGGCCAUUGCAGCUGAAACAGAAGAUGACAAAUAUCAGACGACCACCUUGGUCAAGUGCUACGCAUGUGGCAUCCAGGACGUUGACAAGACCACCGGCAGGCUCCCUCUGGUCGUAGACGCGGUUCUCAAUGCCAUGACAUUUGCCAAACAAGAAGAGAUCAAGGCCUGGGAACAAGAAUUUACAGCCUGUGAACAUACUCUGUAUCUUGACCAACAAGACGGUCGGGAAAUCGAAUCUCAACAUCUUGGAGGCUGUUCGCAGUGUGAUCUGAAGGAAAACCUAUGGCUGUGUCUCGUCUGCGGUAAUUUGGGCUGUGGGAGAGCUCAGUUUGGUGGUGUUGGAGGCAAUUCUCACGGUCUGGCCCAUGCGACAGAGAGUGGCCAUGGGGUUGCAGUCAAGCUAGGCUCCAUUACGCCAGAAGGUACUGCGGAUGUGUAUUGUUACCUCUGCAAUGAGGAGAGAAUCGACCCCGAACUCGCGUCUCACCUUGCACACUGGGGCAUCAACAUUGCCGAGCGGGAAAAGACCGAGAAGAGUUUGAUGGAAAUGCAAGUUGAACAGAAUCUCAAAUGGGAUUUUUCCAUGAUGACAGAAGAUGGGAAGGAGUCGACCCCUCUGUUUGGGCGAGGUUUCACAGGUUUAAAAAACAUCGGCAACACUUGUUAUCUCGCCAGCACCGUGCAGUGCUUGUUCUCCUUGCCCGCCUUUCAACAACGCUAUUUCCACCCAGACCAGCCUCCUCCUGUCACCACUCUCCCCGCUGAGGAUCUCGAAACUCAGUUGCGCAAGCUGGCCGAUGGCCUUGUAUCCGACCGCUACUCCCGUCCAGAGACAAACGAGCAAGUAGGGGUCGAUGAUUCAGACACUCCCCAUCAAAAGGGUCUGUCGCCGGCCAUGUUCAAACAUCUGAUCGGCCGGGGCCAUGAAGAGUUUUCCACCAUGCGCCAGCAAGAUGCUUUUGAGUUUUUGCUUCACCUGUUCAAGCUCAUCCACGUGUCGAAUAACGCUGAUCUCGAGGCUGACCCGGUUCAGUCCUUUCGAUUUGUCCUCGAACAACGAUUACAAUGUCUUAAUUGCAAACGAGUCCGUUACCGCACAGAUGAGCAAGACAACAUCUCCAUCCCGGUCCCGGUGCGGCGCAAACAAACCAGUGCAGGAGAGGCCCCCCUUGGGGACGAUUCAAAGGGUCUUGAGUUUGAGGCAGUCUCGCUGAAAGAAUGCCUCGACAUCUUCACAUCAUCAAGUACGGUCGAGCUCACAUGUCCUUCGUGCGGUUCCAAUUCCGGUUUCUCCAAACAGUCCAAGUUCAAGACAUUCCCCAAGAACUUGGCCAUCAACCCUCUUCGUUUUGAGAUUAUUGGUUGGGUCCCCACCAAACUGGAUAUACCGGUCCUGGUUACAGCGGAGCCUUUUGAUCUGAGCCAGUACAAAUCUACUGGGCUCCAGCCAAAUGAAGAGGAGUUGCCAGAGGAUGCGAAUGUUGGAGGUAGUGUGGGUGGCCCGGCAGCAUUUGUCCCCGACGAGGCAGCUCUUGGCCAAUUAGAAUCGAUGGGAUUUCCAAGGGUCCGAUGUGAGAAAGCUCUCCAUGCGACAGGCAAUGCCGACGCAGAAGCGGCCAUGAAUUGGUUGUUUGCACACAUGGAGGAUGCCGACAUUGACGAGCCUCUGAAUCUGGGAGGAGGAGGCGCUGCGAGCACAGGCGCAUCUAGCGAUGACGCUGAUAAAAUUUCGCAACUGGGAGACAUGGGUAUCAGUGUACCGCAGGCACGAAAAGCACUUCGAGAGUGUAACGGCGACGUCAACCGAGCACUAGACUGGGUGUUUAGUCAUCCAGAUGAUCAGGGGGAUUUUGGAGAAGAGCCUGGCGCUGUUGAACCUGCGAAGCCAAAGGCACUGCCGGGCAUCGCGGACACACCUGCCAAGUUUGAAUUGCAAAGUGUGGUGUGUCACAAGGGCAGGAGUAUACACGCGGGCCAUUACGUUGCGUUCAUUCGCAAGGCGAUUCCUGGACAAGGAGAGGAAAAGCAGUGGGUGUUAUUCAACGACGAAAAGGUGGUCAAGGCGGUGGAUGUGGAUGAAAUGUUGAGGCAGGCCUAUGUCUACUUUUUCUCCUUGCUUUGAGGCGAGAGGGAUGAUGAUGAACAUGGGACUCGAAACACAUAGACACUCUCUGAUAAACUCACUCGGAGACUUAGAUACAAAUACAUUGAU